GCCCCUUCAUUUUCUGAACUGAAAAUAAUCAGAUCAUCAGCUCUGCUCUCAAUCCAUGAUAAGCAGUUGCUCCGUGCGAGUUGUCCACAACUAGCUAACAUGAUUCUGUAUAAAAUUUUGAUUUUAAUUGUAUUUUGUUUGAAAUAUUGUAUCACUGAUCAGACUUGUGGAAAAAUCAGUCGCCCAGCAGGUUAUGUGCUCUAUGGCAAUGAAGCAGAACAUGUCUGGCCUUGGCAUGUAGCAGUUUUCAACAGCACGGAUCACUACAUUGCCGGGGGGACGAUUAUCAGUGAUCAAUUCAUCCUAACGGCCGCCCAUGUGACCUACCGCAAUCAACAUCAUGCACUACAUCCAGAUGAAUUGUACGUGAAAAUGGGAAUUAAAGAUCUAGCUGACCCAUUUGGCCGUGCUCGUCGCGGGAAUGUAUCGAGAAUCUUACGAUACCCCGGAUAUGACACAAAUCAAAUGACAAACGACGUGGCCUUACUAAAACUUACUGAAAUGAUCGAAUUUGGUAUGUUCAUUUCACCCAUCUGUUUGUGGCCGGCCAACGGGCCAGAUCUAGAUACUUUGGCAGAAACUGACAGUGGGACAGUUGUCGGAUGGGGCUUCACAGAAAACAGCAUAAUUUCUCAAGUUCUACGAGAGGCGAAAAUGUCGAUUAUCGAUUUCCCUACGUGUGCCGAAAAUACGAAAAGCUUUCAGCCACUUUUGGCAAAGGGUAAAAACUAUUGCGCCGGAAAUCGCGGCGAUGUUACCGUUUGCCGUGGGGAUAGCGGUGGAGGCAUGUACUUCAUGAUCGAUUACACGUGGUAUUUGAGGGGAAUUGUUAAUCAGGGAACACCUACCCAGGACACUCGUUAUCCGUGUGAUCCAGAUAAGGAAGUCAUCUUUAUGGAUGUGACCUAUUAUCAGAAAUGGAUCGAACGUCACGCUCUUCCAUUCCACCACAAUCGCCUAGGAAAGCACCAAUGUGGCAUGGGGUCGUAUAUGGAAUCAACGACAACAAAAGUAUUGACUCAAGAUCCCUCUGGAAAUCCUUGGAUCACUCAUCUGGUUUACUUAUUUUGGGAUCGGUUUCACAUAAGCGAUUGUCAUGGAGUCAUUAUUCACCCGGAAUUCGUUUUGACAUUGGCUAGAUGUUUAGUGGACAAACCUUAUAGGAAACUAAUGCAUGUAGUGAUGGGCGAAAUUUUCAUCGGUCCUGAUCCUUACAACGAAAUGAUGAACGAUGUCGAAAGUUUAAAGUAUCGUACACUGAUAGCCCACGAGAAGUUUGAUCCCCUUAACUAUGGGUAUGACGUCGGGCUAGUGCAUCUAUCAGAAACAGUCAAAUUUACUAGAGAUAACAUACAGCCCAUUUGCCUUCCGUCAUUUGUUGAACCGGUCCCUCAAUACAUCUUGACGGCCUGGUAUCGGAGAGAUGAUCAUCCGAAAGCACUCGACGCAGAAUUGCUCCAGGCUGUGCGGUUUGCAUCUUGCAGUUCGAUGUACAGCAAAAAGGGUAUCAACGUAACAUCAGAGUCUGGGUUAAGAUGUUUCCAACAAUGCUCUCUAUCAGAGCAUGUGCAAUCGAAUGGAACAUUCAGCUGCAAUUUGUUGCAAGAAAAGAACUGCAAGAUUCCCAUUUCCGGUGGACCAGUUGUAUACACGAAGCACGAUGGAUUCAACACUUACACAUACCUAAUGGCAAUGAGGGCUUUCGGAACAUCGGAUUGCAAAGAUGGCAUCAACGACAUGUACAGUGAUAUCGUUGCCUUCGGUCCUUGGAUUCAACAGAAAGUGGAAGAGAACGCUCUAUACAAUGUUGACGAAGUAUAUUAACGUUUAAGAGUAGAAGAGUUGCUUUAUUAGCUGCUUUCCAAUGUCACUUACUUAAAAGAGGUAACAUAAAGUAUGAAUAAUUUCUUUUUGUUUUUGAAUUUUCUAA